CCUCAAAAAUCUGAUUACAUUUCAGGCAGGGGCUUCAAGAGAAAAGAACAAUGGCUGCCAGACAGCAAGGCAAAAGGAAAGUCAGAGAUGCAAAGAGAAAGAAAAUCCAAAAGAAGCAUCAGCCAGCUAAGCGGAAGCAGAAGAAACGGCAGCCUAGGAAACAAAAGAAGCACCAGGCUCGUCCUAAGCGUCGGGUCAAGCAGGCCUCCGCCACCAAGUCAGCGGACAGUGGUCCAGAGAGGGUCUGCUCCCCAAGGCUGUUUGCCUCCAAGGUCCUUCGGCAGAUGCCCAAGGUGAGGAUGGAGGCCAAGGCCAGGAGCCUGAUGAAGACCUUGCUGACCGAUGUCUACGACCAUGUGGCCACAGAGGUGGAGAAUUUGAGCCAGAAGAACGAGCUGUCCGACCUCAGUGGCACAGAUGUGCAAGCCGCCUUGAAGGAAGCCAUGACAAAGGAGCUGGCCAAGCACUCGGCCGAACCCACCAGCACCGAAUGUGCUUAGAGAAGCAUUCUCCCUUCUACUGCAGGAAGCCGAAGGGAGAAGACCAAAGAUCUUAAAAAAUAUCCAAGAAACUUUAAGGUAUUUUCCUGCCCUUUUAAGCAUAAAAAAUCCUGUGGUCUACCUUUCCUAAGAAGGCACCAACUUUCACCUCCACAAUUGUUAUUCCCAAACAAUAGGAAGGAAGUUAAAGUGAAGACUGUAUUUUUGAAGACAAUUUCAUCAGCAUCUAAGCCAGAACUUCAAGGUCAAGGCUAAGAAAGAUGAGCCAUGAUUAAAUGUUUGACAUAAUUGUUUGUGAGGUAUUUGCAAAAAGGAAAAGGAACAUCAUAUGUACAGUAUGUAUAUAUGUCUCUCCAAUAAAUCAGGAUUUUAGCAAUUACAGUCAAUGAA